CGAAGUCAAAGAUGGAGCAAACCAGACCAUGGAAUCUCAAGCGCCCUCAGAAGAGGUACCUCCGCAGAAGCAAUCCCUCUCUGAUAAGUUCACGAUUUUCGCAUCUGGCGCAGCUCUGGUCUCUGACGGAUAUUUCAACAAUCUCAUGACGAUGGUGAACGUCAUCCUCUCCAAGCAAUAUCCAAAACAAUACACGGCCGAUGUCAAGACACGAGUCUCGAACGCCCUGCUGGUGGGAGAGAUCUUUGGUCAGGUGGUUGUCGGGCUCACGUGCGAUUACUUGGGACGGAAGUUCGCGAUUGUCUUAACGACUCUCAUGAUAGUCAUUGGAGGAAUCCUGGCCACAGCAUCUUCUGGCAAGACAGUUGAAGGAAUGUUCUGGAUGAUGACAGUUGCCCGUGGAAUCGUAGGCUUUGGUACCGGAGGAGAAUAUCCCGCCUCCUCGACAAGCGCCUCCGAAGCUGCGAAUCAGCAUAGCCUCAAGUCACGUGGCCCGAUUUUUAUCCUAGUCACGAACCUUCCUCUCUCCUUCGGAACACCACUUGCAGUAUCGAUUUUCCUCAUAGUCUUCUCCGCAUGCCAUCAGUCACACUACAGCACCGUCUGGCGAGUGUGCUUUGGCCUUGGCUGCCUGCUGCCUCUUUCCGUCUUCUACUUCCGAAUUCGCAUGCUCAACAGCGUUCUCUACCGCCGCGGAGCCAUUAAACGUGACGUCCCAUACAAACUCGUCUUGAGAUACUACUGGAAAUCACUCAUCGGUACUUGCGGUGCUUGGUUCCUUUACGACUUUGUCACUUUCCCCAACGGUGUUUUCUCAGGCACGAUCAUCGCCUCUGUGAUUCCAUCGACUACAAAAGAUGUGAUCCUCAAAACAGGAGAAUGGAACUUACUUUUGGGAGCUCUGUCCCUCCCCGGUGUUUUUCUUGGUGCGUAUCUUUGCGAUCGACUUGGGCGUAAGAAUACGAUGAUGUUGGGGUUCUCUGGCUACCUAGUCUUCGGCUUGAUCAUCGGCCUCUCAUACGACAAGAUCACCAAGAUCGUUCCAUUAUUCGUCAUCUUCUACGGCCUGAUGCAAAGCUCCGGGAAUCUCGGACCAGGUGAUAUGCUUGGUCUCAUCUCCUCGGAAACGUAUGCGACAUCAGUCCGAGGCACUUGCUAUGGACUUUCAGCUGCAGUUGGCAAGGCCGGUGCGGCUAUCGGAACUCAAGCUUUCACUCCGAUCCAAGCGAAUCUCGGAAAGCGCUGGACGUUCAUCAUUGCUGCUAUUGUUGGUGUUGUGGGGAUACUUGUUACAUAUUUCUUCGUUGAAAAUCUCACCGGCGAGGAUCUUGGGGAGAGAGACAAGCGAUUCAGGGCUUUCCUUGUUGAGAAUGGAUGGGAUGGCGAGAUGGGAGAGGAGGAUCUUAGAGCGCUUGCGGAUGACGGCCAGGUUCCGGGAGAAAGAAUUGUUAUCCUGGUUGAAGUAUUCGCGGAGCAGAAGUGAGAGUUUCAGUUUACCGAGUAUACCGUUCUGCGCAUAUAUGAGUCUUCUCGUUCUCAUCCCCAGGGUCUUCGGGCAUCCCCAUACGGAAAUUUGGGCCGUGUAUGAGAAUCAGCCAAGGCGCCAACAGAAAUACAAGGUUUCUUCAAAGAUCACCACUCCAUGCUUGUCGACCUCCGACCACGUUUCAAAUUAUCCGACA